UGUAAAUUUUUAAUUCUAUGUCUAAAAUGUAGUUGUAUUUCCCUUUUAUAUUUCAGAUCUUUGGUAGAAGAGGAGGACCCUCAUUUGAAAGUCUCUCUUGGGAACAACGAUAUGGGUGUGUCUGCUCACCUUCAGUCUUCAAAGACAGGCACCACUCGCUUCUUCACCAGCAAUACUCAUAGUUCAGUGGUGUUACAGGGUUUUGACCAGUUGCGAAUAGAAGGAUUGCUCUGUGACGUUACACUUGUGCCAGGUGAUGGAGAUGAAAUUUUUCCAGUUCACCGAGCCAUGAUGGCUUCCUCAAGUGAUUACUUCAAAGCCAUGUUUACCGGUGGAAUGAAGGAACAAGACUUAAUGUGCAUUAAAUUACACGGCGUGAACAAAAUUGGAUUAAAGAAAAUUAUUGAUUUCAUUUACACUGCAAAACUUUCCCUGAAUAUGGAUAAUCUUCAAGAUACACUGGAGGCUGCAAGCUUUUUACAGAUACUGCCUGUGCUGGACUUCUGCAAAGUGUUUCUUAUAUCUGGGGUCACUCUGGAGAACUGUGUAGAGGUUGGACGAAUUGCAAACACCUACAAUCUCACUGAAGUUGAUAAAUAUGUCAAUAACUUUAUUUUGAAAAAUUUCCCACCCCUAUUAACUACAGGGGAGUUUGUGAAGCUCCCAUUUGAACGACUUGCCUUUGUGCUUUCUAGUAAUAGCCUUAAGCAAUGUAGCGAGCUUGAACUUUUCAAAGCGGCAUGCCGUUGGCUGCGUUACGAAGAUUCACGCAUGGAUUAUGCUGCAAAAAUUAUGAAGAACAUUCGAUUUCCUCUCAUGUCGCCACAAGACCUUAUAAAUCACGUCCAAACAGUUGACUUCAUGAGAACUGACAACACGUGUGUUAAUUUACUUUUGGAAGCUAGCAAUUACCAAAUGAUGCCGUACAUGCAGCCAGUCAUGCAGUCUGAAAGAACUGCCAUUCGCUCAGAUAACACCCACUUGGUGACGUUGGGAGGAGUUUUAAGGCAGCAGCUGGUGGUUAGCAAAGAGCUGCGUAUGUACGAUGAGAAAGGACAUGAGUGGAAAUCCUUAGCUCCCAUGGAUGCUCCCCGGUACCAGCAUGGAAUAGCAGUUAUUGGCAAUUUUCUAUAUGUGGUCGGUGGCCAAAGUAAUUAUGAUACGAAAGGAAAAACAGCUGUGGAUACUGUGUUUCGAUUUGACCCACGCUACAACAAGUGGAUGCAAGUGGCUUCUUUAAAUGAAAAACGUACCUUUUUCCACCUAAGUGCCCUGAAAGGUCAUCUGUAUGCAGUUGGCGGCCGCAAUGCAGCUGGUGAACUUGCCACUGUAGAGUGUUACAACCCCAGAACAAAUGAAUGGAGUUAUGUUGCGAAAAUGAAUGAGCCUCACUAUGGCCAUGCUGGGACUGUAUUUGGUGGACUCAUGUACAUUUCAGGUGGUAUUACCCAUGACACUUUCCAGAAGGAACUGAUGUGUUUCGAUCCAGAUACGGACAAAUGGACUCAGAAAGCUCCAAUGACCACAGUUCGAGGCUUGCACUGCAUGUGCACUGUAGGAGACAGACUUUAUGUCAUUGGUGGCAAUCAUUUCAGAGGGACUAGCGACUACGAUGAUGUCCUUAGCUGUGAGUACUACUCUCCGUCUUUGGACCAGUGGACUCCAAUUGCAGCAAUGUUACGUGGACAAAGUGACGUUGGAGUAGCAGUUUUUGAGAACAAAAUUUACGUUGUUGGAGGAUAUUCUUGGAACAAUAGGUGUAUGGUUGAAAUUGUCCAGAAGUACGACCCUGAAAAAGAUGAAUGGCACAAAGUAUUUGAUCUACCGGAAUCCCUUGGGGGUAUCCGGGCUUGUACUCUAACAGUUUUUUCCACCAGAGGACAACAGUGGUUCACCUUCUCGGGAAUCCCCACUCUCAGCACCUUGAAAACCGAUAUUGUAAUACCUUUGCACUGCAGCAAAAUGGAUAUUUUUUAG